CGCACACACACUCUUUCCUUUGCUGUGAAGCCUUAGGUGUUGGAGCGUUCCCCGCUCUGGGAGGGUUGAAGCUGGGGUCGCCAGAGAAGGCCGGAGUAGCUUGCUGCCGCUCCAGGAGCCUCGAUGGAGAGGGGUCAUUUAGCUGGAGGGGGUCUCUCUCUCUCUUUGUGUGUUUGUAGUCUUCAGUGUGUAAAAUGUAACCACACUUAAACACACUUAAAUGCUGAACACACAGAUGUUGGGGUACUCACCAACCGGUCAAAGCAACCGGGAGAAGCUGGAUCAGGGUAGAGGGCCAGAACAAACCCUUGUCACGCCAAACACCAGGUUGAAUAAAGUCUACUAUGGAUGAGGAGAGAGAGAAUAGGGAUCCUUCCUCUAAGACCGCUCUGUCUGGGGAACAUGGCCGUCAGAGCAAAGCUAAGAGCCCAGAGAAGCAGGAGAGAGCAGACUCCCCUGGACCCAGCUGUGUCUCCAUGAAGAGUGGCUGGUCUAUGGAACAUCCUAAUAGCUUUAAAGAUGGAAAUGAGUCUGUUGAGAAAAGAAGAGUCCAGCAGCAGAGAGCAGACUCCCCUGGACCCAGCUGUGUCUCCAUGAAGAGUGACAGCUCUAUGGGACCUCCUGUUACCUUUAAAGAUGGAAAUCAGUCGAUUGAGAAGAGACACCAGGGGAGGUCAAAGGUCACCAGUGCUCAGUCUGUACAGCAGCAUCAAACAGAGCUGGAGAUGAACCAGGAGGAACUGGCUGACACACUGGGGGGCGGAUCUGCUGCUGUCGAUUGCCAACAUAAAAUCAAGUCUCAUUUGAAGAAGAAGUUCAGGUGUGUGUUUGAGGGAAUCACUAAAGCAGGACAGCGAACAGAUCUGAACGACUUCUACACAGAGAUCUUCAUCACAGAGAGAGGCAGUGGAGAGGUCCACAAGGAACAUGAGGUCAGGCUGAUUGAAACAGCUUCCAGGAAACCAGCCAAGGAAGAAACACCAAUCAGAUGUGAAGACAUCUUUAAACCCUUACCUGGAAACGAUCAACCAAUAAGAACAAAGAUGACGACUGGAGUGGCCGGCAUUGGUAAAACCGUCUUAACACACAAGUUCACUCUGGACUGGGCUGAAGGCAAGACCAACCAGGACAUACACUUCACAUUUCUCCUCACUUUCAGAGAGCUGAAUUUACUGAAAGGGAAAGAGUUUAGCUUGGUGGAACUUCUUCAUCACCUCUUUACUGAGACCAAAGAAGCAGGAAUCUGCAGAUACGACGGGUUCCAAGUUGUCUUCAUCUUGGAUGGUCUGGAUGAGUGUCGACUUCCUCUGGACUUCCAGAGAAACCCGAUCUGGAAUGAUGUCACAAAGUCCACCUCGUUGGACAUGCUGCUGACCAACCUCAUCAGGGGUGACCUGCUUCCCUCUGCUUGCAUUUGGAUAACCACACGCCCUGCGGCAGCCAAUCAGAUCCCUGCUGAGUGUGUUGACAUGGUGACAGAGGUGAGGGGGUUCACCGACCAACAGAAGGAGGAGUACUUCAGGAAGAGAUUCAGAGAGGAGACGAUGGCCAGCACAAUCAUCUCCCACGUCAAGAAAUCACGAAGCCUCCAAAUCAUGUGUCACAUCCCAGUCUUCUGUUGGAUCACUGCUUCAGUUCUGGAGGACAUCUUCCAAAAUUCCCAGAUCGAAGAGAUGCCCAAGACCGUGACUCAGAUGUACAGCCACUUCCUGAGGGUUCAGUCCAUACAGGCGGACAGGAAGUACCAUGGGAGGGCUGAAACAGAUCCAGACUGGAGCUCAGAGAGCAGGGAGAUCAUUGUUUCUCUGGGAAAACUUGCUUUUAACCAGCUGGAGAAAGGCAACCUGAUCUUCUACGAGGCAGAUAUGGCACACUCUGCCAUCGAUAUCAGAGCAGCCUCAGUGUACUCAGGAGUGUUCACCCAGAUCUUUAAAGAGGAGUGUGGGCUGUACCAGGACAAGGUGUUCUGCUUUGUCCAUCUGAGCAUCCAGGAAUUUCUGGCUGCCCUUUAUGUCUUUUUGUCCUUCAUCGAUACUGGUGUCAAUCUGCUCUCAACCUCCAGGAAAGAUAAACUCCUCCUCUACCCGAGUGCUGUGGACAAGGCCUUACAGAGUGAGAACGGACACCUGGACUUGUUCCUCCGCUUCCUCCUGGGCCUCUCUCUGGAGACCAAUCAGAUUGUCCUACGAGGUCUGCUGGGACAGAAAAAAAGAUCACUGACCACUCAGAUUAAAACAGGUCUGCUGCGACUGGCAGGAAGUGGGUCAAAGACCAAUGAGGGAACAGUGUCUUACAUCAAGGAGAAGAUAGAAGGAGAUCUUUCUCCAGAGAGAAGCAUCAAUCUGUUCCAUUGUCUGAAUGAGCUGAACGACUGUUCUCUAGUGAAGGAGAUC